AUGGGAGGAUUGGGUAAAACAAUUCUUGCCCAACUUGUCUUUAACGAUGAAGAUGUUGAUGGGUAUUUCGAUUUUAGAAUUUGGGUUUUUGUGGGGAACGAAUUUGACAUGAAGAGGAUUUUCAGUGAAAUACUGGUCUCUCUAGAGCGUUCAUUAAAUUCGAAAACAAGAAAAGCAACAAAGUCUUUAAAAGAUAUGAUCAAGGAAAAAGAAUCUCAACCCGAAACCCCUGUUGAUCUCACCCUCUUGGCCAAACUACAAACCUUGUUUAAAGAUGACAGUCCUCUCGAUUGGAACCAACUACGUUCUCCUAAUGAUCUCUACUCUUUGCCCCAUCUAAAAGACCUUGAUCGUCAGUACUCCAACUCCUUGGACCGAUUACAAACUCGUCCUGAGAUUAUUGAUUAUACCCCUCUCUCCUUGGCCCAACUACAAACUCGCAUUCUUGAACUUCUGACUCAGAAACGAUUUUUACUUGUUCUAGACGACCUAUGGAAUCAUAAAGAUGAGGAAUUGGAGCCACUAGUAAAGGUCUUAAAUCAUGGGGCUUACGGAAGUAAGGUUCUGGUGACUAGUCGACUGAAAAAAGUUUCAAAUAUUCUGGAUUCAGCGUCACCCUAUUCUCUGCAAUGUUUAGGUGGUCAGGAGUCAUGGUGGUUGUUUAAAGAAUUGGCAUUCAAAAAAGAUAGUAAGAUCGAUAGAGAGUUAGAAAAUUGUGGGAAGGAAAUUGUAGGUAUGUGUCAGGAUCUUCCUUUGGCUAUAAAACAAAUAGCAGGUCUGUUACGUGGGAAAGAAUUGAAAGAAUGGAAAAAUGUUGCCGAAAGUAAAACAUGGAAAGCACGAGUAGAAGAUACUCAAAUACUGCCUGCUCUUAGAUUGAGUUAUAAUCACCUGCCCUCACCAGAUCACAAGCAGUGCUUUUCAUUGUGCUCCAUGUUUCCGAAAUCGUAUCCUUAUGAAAAGGAUGAGUUGAUCAAGUUAUGGAUGGCAGAAGGAUUUAUGCAACCACCUAAGCAUAGAGUGGGAGAGAGGACAGAAGACAUCGGAAGUCGAUACUUCAAGGAGCUGUCAAACAGGUUCUUCUUCGAAUGCUCAGCUGAAGACAACACAAAGUAUAGGAUGCAUGAUCUUAUCCAUGACCUGGCACAAUCAGACAUGAGUUCAAGCACCGUUGUCACACUGCCAAAUUCAAUUGUGAGGCUGAAGCUCUUGCGCUACCUCGAUUUAUCAACAACUGAAAUCAGAAAGCUCCCUGAUUCGGUGUGCAACCUCUUCAAUUUGGAGACACUGAAACUUUUGCGUUGUCCUUGGAUUUUUAAUUUGCCCAAGAACUUGAAAAAUCUUGUCAACCUCAGACAUCUGGAGCUAGAUGAAAUUUUCUGGUUCAAGACCUUAAUGUUGCCACGAAGCAUGGGAUCUCUCUUGAGAGUGAUUUCUUGCUCCGCCACUGAUAAUGAUGGUUAUGAUGGCAGGGACAGGCCACCAUCAACGGUUGAACUCAAAAUUAUCAAUUGCCCCAAGCUGCAUAAGUUGCCAAGAAACUACCGUCCAGAGAAAUUGGAAGCAAGUGGGUGCAAUUCAGAAUUCAAAAUAUUCUCGUAUUCCUACUCUAUCUAUGUCAUGAAACAUCUGGCAUUGGAUGCAUGUUCUGCACAUGCCUCCUUAAUGGGUUUGCCACCUCGUAUAGAUGUCUUUGGUCUACGGUUCUUGGUGAUUUCCAAUAUCUCAAACCUCAUAUGUCUUCCAGAUUGGGGUCUCCCCCAACUCAGAGCACUCUCCGUCCGUGACUGCAAUGCUCUUGAGUAUUUAUCCAACCAAAACAAGUCGUUCCAAGGAUUCACCUCCCUCACAACAUUCUCCAUCCACAAUUGUCCUAAGCUUGUAACGUUGCCAGUUGAAGGCCUCCCAACAUCUCUUAAAUAUUUGAGUAUUGGCUCGUGUGCAAGGCUCAAGUCAUUUGGCCCAGCAGAUGUACUCCAAAAACUCGACUCCCUCCAUGAUCUAUACAUUGAGGAUUGCCCUGCACUCCAAUCGUUGCCAGAGGGUGGGUUACCAACCUCCCUUCUGCAUCUCUCUAUCCAACGAUGCCCCUCAUUGAUAGAACGAUGUGGGAAGGAAAGAGGUGAUUGGCCAAAGAUUGAACAUAUCCCUGAUCUGGAAAUGAGGAUGCAAUCCACCAAAACUGCAACCUCAUCAUCAUCAUCAUCAUCAUCUUCUUCAGCAGCUUGGUACCAUUUGUGCUUACGGAGGUUUGUUUAG